UGUCCCUGAAACAGUCUAUCCUUGUAUUAGAAAGAAAACGGGUGUGACUCAUGGAGGUAUAAUGUUAGGAAGGGGAAGACGUGUUACUUAGUCCACCUGUAGCCGCCAAGUGGGAAGGUAUCGCUCUCUCUUCCACUUCAAAUUUCACAUUCCUUAGGAGCUAAAAUAACCAUGGACUUUUAUUAUAUGCCUAUCUCGGCACCUUGCCGGUCGGGGAUGCUGACUGCCAAGGCUGUGGGUGUGGAGCUCAAUCUUAAACAUCUUGACCUGUUUUCCGGAGAGCACAUGAAGCCAGAAUUCCUGGCCAUCAACCCUCAACACGUGAUCCCCACUUUGAUCGACGGUGACUUCGUCCUUUGGGAGAGCCGUGCUAUCUGCACGUACCUAAUUAGCCAGUAUGGCAAGGAAGACUCGCUGUAUCCCAGUGACCCAAAGACCCGUGCCACUAUAGAUCGUCUCCUAUACUUCGACAUGGGCACACUCUACCACCGCUUUGGAGAGUAUGUGUACCCAGUAAUGUUCAGAGGAGAGGAGAAAGUUGACCCAGUUAAGCUAGAAGCUCUUCAUGAGGCGCUGGGAUGGUUAAACGACUUCCUGGCCGGUCACGAGUGGGCCGUCGGCGAUAAUGUCACGGUUGCAGACAACGUUCUCGUGGCUUCAGUCUCUACCUUUGAGGCUUCGGGAAUAGACAUUAGCAAGCAUGCUAAUGUGGCUGCCUGGUUGGAGAAGUGCAAGUCAACCCUACCAGGCUAUGCUGAGAUCAACGAUCCUGGUGCUGUAGCUUUUGGAAAGAUGGCAAAGGCCAAGCUGGGCAUAGAUUGAAUUUCCUUAAUUUUGAACACCUGAUUGCACCGAGAUUACCUGUUUAAGCAGUUUAGUUUAGAAGUGACCCUUCAGGGUUUAGUGCUUAAUUUUUAUAUUAUAACCAAUGUAUUGCACUAUUGCAAAUGCUAAACUCAUCAGUUUCAAUCUUGAGGUAAAUAAUUUUAAAGUUAACUAAAAUUCUUAGGAUUGAGCUAGCAGAUGGAAAGAAGCCUUAACCAAUAUCACUGUAUUUAAGAUUCAUGCACUUCUUAAACCUACUGUAUGCUAAAACUUUUAUAAUUUUUUCCUAUCUUAUUUUUUGCUGAUUUACCCAUAAGAUGCCUUCGUUGGUGAGGGGCUCAUAUGUCUGUUCCAUAAAACUUGAUUGUUUCCUAUUGCCUA